ACCAAACAAAAACACAACACAACACAACACAGUCGGGGAAAGCACUACACGUCUACACGUCUCCCCAAGCCCUCAUCACCAUCUACCACUCGAUACCCACCACAACCCAUAACACCACCAUAAUUCCUCCCUCUCCUCCCGCUCGCCUCCCUCGGUAGGGUCCUGUGCCUAGGUAGCCUCCUGUAACAACACGCUCCUCCCCCUCGCCGAGCAGCGCGCACCACCCACUCCCAGUCGUCGCGUUCCAUCGCUGUCUCCGUAAUGUCAAAGAACUAUUUCCUGGCGACAGUGCGACAGGCAACGUUCCGGGCACCCCGUCGGACAUCGACCGCAGGCAAUGCCAAGAUCCCCAAGUGGCCACACAAAAAUGCAAAGCGUUAUGCGGACGCAGGAUUCUACUUCGAUCCAACGCCCGGCCAUGACGACAAUGUGACCUGCUUCCUCUGCUCGAAGUCGCUGGAUGGGUGGGAGCCCGGUGAUAAUCCCGUCUCCGAGCAUUACCGCCACUCCCCCGACUGUGGAUGGGCGAUCACUGCCGAGAUUCAGGAGAGCCAGGGGCAGGACUUCACGUGCAAUCCGCACAGUGAUCAAUUUGCGCUGGGCCGGCUGCAGACGUUCGGGGAAGGCAUGUGGCCUCACCCCGAUACCGACAAUUUGAGCGUGAUGAAUAUGGCUGGUGCCGGUUUCCACUACGCUCCUACGAAGGGUGAAAUCGACAACUGCAUCUGCCCAUUCUGCGGUAUUUCAUUGGCCAAUUUCGAACCUGAAGAUGUUCCAAGAGACGAGCACUACCGGCGCAAGCCCCAAUGCUAUUUCUUCGAGACAGAAUCGCUCAAGCCGGCGAAGCGCGCACCACGGACUUCGACCGUACCCAAGAAGCCGGCCACAAGACGCGCAUCCCGGGCGAACUCGGCUGUACCACCGGAACCUCCAGUCGAACGUGGACGUUCGCUUCGAGACUCGGUCGACAGCAUGGACGAUGAGGAGACGAAGCCAGCGAGGGGAAAGAGAGCCGGUUCCGUGAAGCCAAAGGCUGCCGCCGCGAAGAAAGGCGGGCGCAAGAAGGCUGUCCCAGAAUACGCAACAUCUACCAAUUCAGUAUCGGAUGUGGAUGAAGCUCCGAAAAGGGGACGCAAGCGGUCGAGUAGCAUCAUGUCUAAGGAGCCGGUGAUCAUGUUCGAUGGCGGAAUCGACACGGAAUCGGGGUCAGAUGAAGAGAUCGUCGUGCAGCCCAAGAAGAGAGCCACCAGAGCCAGCAUAGCCAAACAGCCCGUCCUCGAUAUCAUUGCCGACCCGCCGAAGAGGCAGCGAACUACCCGUGCUAGCAUCGCGCGGCAGCCCGCACCCGGCAACGAGACAUCGCUUACGGACGCGGAAGACUCUGUAGAGGUCAAGCCAAAGAAGAACCACCGGGUCGUCUCGAAACCAACGAAAACCCCUGCUAAGAACAGGAUCUACGCAGCUCCAAGUGACGACUUCAAUGAUGCGCUUGACCACGAACACCCCUUCACGGACGACGAGGACAAUGCAGCGCACCAAAAGCCCUUCGUCCGUAGCACUAAGAAAGUGACCAGGUCCAGAACCAGUCUUGCGGUUGAACAAUCCAUGAGGAAUGCUCCCCGCGAUAUUCUCAUCCCUGCGGCAGUCAGGGGAAAGAGCAAAGCGGGGUCUCGAAGCGGCAGUGCAGCGCCAACGAAGACCCCUAUGAAGUCUUUCUUUAGGGAUGGAGGACUAGACUACUCGAUGCCAAUCUCGGUGCCGAGACAUCUCAACCAGGACGUCGAAAUCCUCGAUCAAAAUGACGAUACGCCUGCCGAAUCAGAACCAGAGCCGUCCCCACCGCCUGUCCCGAGGAAGGGCCGGACGAAGUCUAAAAAGAUAGCCGGCACUGACGAUGAAGAUCCCAAACCCACCAAGCGCACGAAGGUCUCCAAGAAGAAGGGCACUGUUAGGAGCAGAAGCAAUACCGUCGACAGCCAGGCCAACCCCAUUGAACCGGCAGUGCCGACGCCAGUGAAGGUGGAGGAGUAUGAAGAAGAGGUCGCGAUAACUGUCUUCCCGAAGCCGGAGCCCAAACAAGCCGAGAAGCCUAAACGCGUAAACACAAAGCAGCAGCCGCAGCAGCCGCAACGCGAAAGUAUGGCCUCCCCAGUUUCGACCAUUCCUGACGCGGCGUCAACUGUUCCCGAUGAGCACCCGUACCAGCGGUAUCAAACCCAGGAGGAACAUGUUCCGGAAGUUCCAAUGGAAGAGGUUGUUGUGGAGGAAGAGUUAUCAGAAUCUGGCAGCGUGGUCCGCCACGUUGUCGAAGUUCAGCACGCCACCGAGCCCGAGCCCGAGCCCGAGCUUGAGACUGAGCCCGAGCCGUCGCCGCCGCCGCCGCAACAAUCGGUGCGUAAGAGUGCACGCAAGGCCAGUCCGCAGAAGGUCACUCCACAAAUGGACAGCCCACGGAAGGCCAGCCCACGCAAGGCCAGUCCGCAAAAGCAUCUACGCCACUCUACCCCAUCCGAGUACGAACGCGAAAGUGACGCUAAGGAACACGCCACAUCACUGACGCAUAGUUCGCCGUUCGUGGAGCACACUGCGCCUAGAUCGGAGUCUCCGGAGGUUCACGAGAUGGAGAUUGACCACCCAAGCGAUGAGCGGGAACUGCCGGCGGCGGAGGAGGAGGAGGAGGAACCUGAGGUUGUUGUUGCGAGCUCCCUGCACCGCGAGCCGACAAAUUCACCGGAUCCGGUCGAGCAGCCCCGUGCACCGCUCUCCCCGGUUCGCAGACAGAUGAUGGUGCCCCUCCAGAGCACGCCGAAGGCGAAGCCAUCGCGGACAGUGCAGACUUCGCACCCAUGGAAUCCCAUCGACCUGGAUGUCGUGUUUGCGUCGCACCCCGGGGCGGAAGUGGACGAGGCCGGCUUGACCGCUGCCGAGCGGGACAUGACGGUCGAAGAGUGGGUGAAGUGGAACGCGGCAAACGCGGAACGCCGGUUGAACGAGAGGGCGGAAAGGAUGAUUGUUGUUUUUGAGGAGAAGGGACGCGGUGCUAGGGCUUGCAUCGAGGGCAUUCCUACGGUUUAAACUACAUAAUAGAUGGCGGCUUUUUCUUUUGUUUUCUGCACUGCCGCUGGCGUUUCGGGCACUGUAUCAUAUCGAUCGGCCUUUUGCGAAUAACUUGUGUUUGCGCGC